AUGUCCAUCCCUGUCUUCAAACCAUUCAUGCGCGAUGGCGACCGUUAUCUCACUGCUACUGAUGCAUUCUGUGUGGCUACAUAUGGGCACCGAGUCAUCACCACUCCCAACAUGAAGUUCAUUCCCCAAUCCUUCGACAACGAAUCCGACAUAAUUCAAGCGCGAGCAGAUGGCAGAUAUUGGGCUGUAGAUCCCUUUCAGUGGCCACAGAUGUACGAUGACUCAUAUGCUCGAAGUUUCGCAAUCCCACAUUGGGAAGCCUACAUGGACGACUCGAGCAUGACAUAUGCGUGGUUCAGGCCAGCUUUCAUGAGUGACUUUGUGCCCCUUGCGCCCGAUAAUCUUUUUGGUCAGCUCAAGACGGACAUUCUUGACCAUCUCAAGCGAUUGUACGAGAAGGCCAACAAGCGGGUCAGCAGCUACAAGCUCACAAGGAUGCACAAAGAGGGUCAUGUUGUUGGGUGGGUACAUGUGAUGCACGCUGUAUAUGAGCACUUCCAGCAAGCCAUGGCCUGGUGCAAUGUUGUCAUGGUCGUUGCUGAAUAUCAGUGUCGCUUUCUCAAUAUCUGGGCGCUUCUAGAUUACUACGAAAUUAUCGAGCCCCGCAUGCGUUUUGUCGACACCACACAUAAUGUUAACCCUAAGUGGAUGGGUUGUUUCACUCAAGAUGUCGCUAUUGCCACGAAGGUGCACGCUGCUGGAGUUCCUGUCUGGCUUAUUUGCGAUGCCAGACUCGUUCAAUCCAAUAUGAACAUCAUCAAAGUAGUUUCAUUUACACCACCUGAUGACCUUGUCAUCGGCAUGUACCACCAUCCCGUCAAAAAUUUUGCUCAACCAUUCGACAUCAUCGCCAGAUGUCCUAGCAAUCGCCGGCGCCAUGAGGCCGUUCGCCAACCAUACUCCGACUUUGAGAAGCUGCCCGUUCCAAAACCCCAAGUUGAACAACUUGUUGUGAAGGAGUCAUCAGUGGGGAGGGCUCACAUAGACAAAGGGAAGGCAAAGGCAAAGCUUGCGCCAUACGAUGCCACUGCUCCCCGUCAGAACAAAGCUGUAUCUGGCCAUGACAAGUGGUCUGACAUUGAUCACCCUUACAUGCCGCCAAUGAAUUCUUUCUUCAAGACAGCUUUGCAGGAAGCGAAGAAAGAAUUCAUCCGCAUCAAGCAUCCCAGGGACAAAAUGGACGACGGUUACUCACUUCCCGAUCCGGGAUUGUUCGUCAACGUUCUUUCCCCGCAAUCAUUAAUGAAGUACCUUGCCAACUGGCUGGCUUGCUGUCCAACCUGGCUAGAACGUGUCUAUGAAGAAAGCCCUCGACCUCUUCCUCAGGCCCAGAACUGGCACAAUUUCUUAAUAUCUCAGCAUGCUCAGGGUCCUCUGGACACACAGACGUCCAGCAAGACUAGCAAGUCGAAAGCAGCUACUGCUGCCCUCUUUCAAAAGGAGGUUACGGCACUGCGGGCCUUGUCAGGAGCCUCAAAUGUUCAUUGGCAUGGGAAGGACAUAGCUAUUUCAACUCUCGACAAUCCCCCUGCAGAUCUCGUGCGCCAAAUCAUGUACGAAAUCUGUGAACAAGGUUUCCGAUAUGAACUUCUCGACCUUGAUGAACAUCUUGGGCGCGAUGCACGUAAGGACAAGGAAGCAAGGAAGGAAAGGAUGGAACUUCUUUGUAGCAUUUUCCUGUCGAAGUCAUUGAGAGUUUGGAACAAGGACUUCCCUCAAGAAAACGACGGACUCAAUGCGCCAUCUUUCGAUGCUGCUUUACCGUACUUCGAAAGUUUCCGCAAGGUAUUGUUGACAUGGGAGCGCUUUCCUGAGUCCCUCAAGCAGCCUCUCAACCAAACUGGACGUGAGCACGAUUUAUGGAAGGGGAUGAAGGAAUGUUGUGCCUUUUACGUUCAGUCUUAUUUCAACAAUACCGGCUGUCCGCCUAUUGUACCUCAUCUGCUGUAUUCGGUCACAUAG